UGAAUGUGCAGCAGACGUCAGUGUCGCCGUGACCAUGCGGGUGGGCGGUGGUGCGUGCCCGUGUGCGUGGUUAGCUGUCGCGACGUUGAUCGGUACAGCAGGGCUGUCAUGGGCAGCAACGAGCACCGGAGAUCAUCUUGAGCUCCUCGAUGUCUUGACGGAACUUGAGGCGACGCUGCGUGAGACUGAGGGUUGUGAAGGACGGGUGGAGCAGCUGUGGGAAGCUGUACGGGUCCGCAAUGCACUUCUGGAUGAUAUGAAGGCCAAGGUCCUGCAAAGGAUGGAUCAGAUCGCUGUUAUUAAGAAGGCUGACAGAGUGCCGGUUGAAGACUGCGAAGAUUCCUUCACUCGGGUAGGGAACAGCUGCUAUCACACCUACAGCGACCACCUCAGGGUGUGGUGGAGAGCGAGGUUCCAUUGUUGGAUUCUGGGGAGCGACCUGGUCCACCCCGAGGACCUUCACUCCCUUAGGAAUUACGUGCCUGAAGCAGGUGACACAAAGUACUGGAUAGGAGCCAGAACAGUGACGAGUGGGGACGUCCCAGAGUGGUGGUGGGUGGAUGGGGAGAGGAUAGACACCAAGGACGAUAACUACACCUCCCUGACGCAACACCCUCAGAGCCACAAGUGCGCCAUGCUAGACACCUUCACCUUCCAAUUGGAGGCAACAGACUGUGAGGACCCGCACGGCGUCACUCUCUGCGAAGUCAAAAUGUACUCUAAUUAAGACAGGACUGUCUUCUACCCUUGAAUCGCGGGCCCCUGGGACACCUUCCACAGGUGGUCCAACUCCUUCACACCUCUCCAGGAGGACCCAUAACAACCCUUAUGCACCCCUACAAGAGAGAGACUACGGGCUCACCAUAGCCCGUGCUACUCGAACUUCUUGUCCUGAGUAGCUGAAUCUAAAACAACAAUAACCCUACAAGAAGCUCGUAUAUUAAUCCUCGAGAAGAUCACAAAAGAGCCUCUGGGGCCAGAUUCACGAAAGCACUUACGAACGUUUACAUCUUUUCUCAAUCUUUGGCG